CCCCCUUUCCUUGCUGCGUAUCUGGAAAGUUCUCGGCGUUUCCUCCAGAUGCUAGAACUAAGCAAGCAACACAGCAACGUGGACCCCUUGACUUAUUAGCCAAGCAGCUCAACAGCACACAUUCAGUUUGGAGACUGGUGCACAACUGUCUAUAUCCGGCAUAAUUUGGCGCUAAAUGCAAAAUAUAGCAAACAAGACAAACUGAAUAUUGAUCUAGCUGAUUUGUGGCGCAGCUUGCCUUCCGUUCCGAACCAUAGUUAGCUAGCUAGCGCUCUACUCUACUAGCCAGCCAGCCAUAUUGUUAGCUAGCUAACGUUAGAGGUUUGCAGACAGAAGUGUUUCAGGGGCUUAAGGGCUAUGACUGCAGAAGAGAUAACCAACGAAGAACAGAACAACAUCCCGAUGGAGGGAGAGGAUAUCACGCAGAAGAAAGAUGGAGGGGUUUUAAAGGUAACUGAACAAGUUACGUUAGUUAGCCAGCUAGCUUAGCUAACGUUGGCUUGCUCGCUUAUCUAGCCAAUGGCAAUGCAAUGAAUAAUAUAACCAGAUAACUAGCCUGACUAAACUAUUUUCGAACAUAUUUUAUUUUCUUCAUUUGGCUAGGUUAGACUAAUUAGAUGGUUUUGCAACGCAGUCCAAUGACUGAAUUUGCAACAUUUGGGGUUUGCUAAUGUUAGCUAGCGAUAAAUAUAUGUUGGACUAUCAUUGUUAGCUAGCUAACUGGCUAGCUACUCAUAUCUUGACGAUAGCCAGCAGACUAUAACCUGUAAAUUCAUAUGCCUACGGCCGAGACAUGCAACUACCUCUGGAAACAACCGUGAAGCAUUCCAUUGGAAACGAUUAUCAAAAAUAAACGCAGCAUCCAACAGUUUCAAAUACUUUACUGAGUUACAGUUAAUAUAAGAAAAUCAGUCAAUUGAAAUAAAUUCAUUAGGCCCUAAUCUAUGGAUUUCACAUGACUGGGAAAACAGAUAUGCAUAUACCUGAAAUAAAAUAAAAAGUAGGGGCGUGGAUCAGAAAACCAGUCAGUAUCUGGUGUGACCAUCAUUUGCCUCAUGCAGCGCUACACAUUUUGAUGUUGAUUGUGAUAUGUUGUACUGCUCCUCUUCAAAGGCCAUGCGAAGUUGCUGGAUAUUGGCUGAAACUGGAACAUACAUUUUUUUAAAAACAUUUUAGUCAUUUAGCAGACACUCUUAUCCAGAGCGACUUACAGUUAGUGAGUGCAUACAUUAUUUUUCAUACUGGCCCCCAGUGGGAAUCGAAACCAUGCCAUGCUCUACCAACUGAGCUACAUCCCUGCUGGCCAUUCCCUACCCUGGGCCAAUUGUGUGUCACCCCAUGGGUGGCUACGACAGAGCCUGGAUUCGAACCAGGAUCUCUAGACCACUGAGCCACUCGGGAGACAACUCUGGAUACAUCCAGAGCAUCUCAAACAUGCUCAAUGAGUGACAUGUCUGGUGAGUAUGCAGUCCAUGGAAGAACUGGGAGAUUUUCAGGUUCCAGGAAUUGUGUACAGAUCCUUGUGACAUGGGGCUGUGCAUUACCAUGCUGAAACAUGAGGUGAUGGCGGCGGAUGAAUGGCACGACAAUGGGCCUCAGGAUCUCGUCACAGUAUCUCUGUGCAUUCAAAUUGCAAUUGUGUUCGUUGUCCAUAGCUUAUGCCUGCCCAUACCAUAACCCCACCUCCAGCAUGGGGCACUCUGUUCACAACGUUGACAUCAGCAAACCGCUCGCACACACGCUGUAUGCCAUCUGCCCGGUACAGUUAAAACCAGGAUUCAUCCGUGAAGAGUACACGUCUCCAGUGUGCCAGUGGCCAUCGAAGGUGAACAUUUGCCCACUGAAGUGGGUUACGACAACAAACUGCAGUCAGGUCAAGACCCUGGUGAGGACGACGAGCACGCAGAUGAGCUGAGUUUCUUCGGUAGUCCUAACCCACAGUUUCAUCAGCUGGCCAGGUGGCUGGUCUCAGAUGAUCCCGCAGGUGAAGAAGCCGGAUGUGGAGGUCCUGGGCUGGCAUGGUUCCACGUGGUCUGUGGUUGUGAGGCCGGUUGGACGUACUGCCAAAUUCUCUAAAAUUUCAUUUGAGGCGGCUUAUGUUAGAGAAAUUAACAGUCAAUUAUCUGGACAUUCCCGCAGUCAGCAUGCCAAUUGCACGAUCCCUCAACUGGAAGCAUCUGUGGCAUUGUGUUGUGUGACACAACUGCACAUUUUAGUGGCCUUUUGUUGUCCCCAGCACAAGGUGCACCUGUGUAAUGAUCAUGCUGUUUAAUCUGCUUCUUGAUAUGCCACACCUAGCAGGUGGAUGGAUUAUCUUGGCAAAGGAGAAAUGCUCACGAACAGGAAUGUAAACAAAUUUGUACACAACAUUUUAGCUAAAUAAGCUUUUUGUGCGUAUGGAACAUUUCUGGGAUCUUUUAUUUCAGCUCAUGAAACAUGGGACCAGCACUUUUACAUUUAUAUUUUUGUUCAGUGUACUAGACUGCAUACAGUGACACUACCAUAGGUUGACUGGGCCAAACAUUGCUACAGCACAACUAAUCUUCAGUCUCUCUCUCCCUCCCCUCCAUCUCUAGUUGGUGAAGCAGGAAGGCACGGGGACAGAGCUGCCUAUGACUGGGGACAAGGUGUUUGUUCACUAUGUUGGCACGCUGCUGGAUGGAACCCCGUUUGACUCCAGUCGUGAACGAGGAGAGAAGUUCUCCUUUGAGCUGGGCAAAGGUGUGUGUCUGUUAGUUAGUGUAGGCCAGGUGAUCAAGGUGUUGGACCUUGGUGUAGCUACUAUAACUGUGUGUGUGUGUGUGUAGGCCAGGUCAUCAAGGCGUGGGACCUGGGAGUGGCUACUAUGAAAGUAGGAGAGAUCAGCCAGCUGAUCUGUAAACCAGAGUACGCCUACGGCACUGCCGGCAGCCCCCCGAAGAUACCCCCCAACGCUACCCUUAUCUUCCAGGUAACCCUCUGUCUGUCAAGUAUUGAUAGGGUGUGUUUUUGAGGUAAAUAUUCUGUGCCAACAUUGACGUGUGUGACUUUGUGAGUGCUCAAAUUUAAUGUUGUGUGUGUGUGUUAGGUGGAGUUGUUUGAGUUUCGAGGGGAGGACAUCACUGAGGGAGAGGAUGGAGGAAUCAUCCGUCGCAUCAUCACUAAGGGAGAGGGAUACACCAAGCCUAAUGAAGGAGCUGCCGUAGAAGGUACGCGCGCACACACACAAACGUAUCAUCAAUAAGGAACAGACACCCCAAACCAAACUAAGACCUAAUGUACAGGGUACAAGCUCUCACACACCUGUCUCUUUCCCCUGCAGUGUGUUUGGAGGGCAGCUGUGAGGGCAAGGUGUUUGACAAAAGGGAGCUGAAGUUUGAGUUGGGAGAUGGAGAGAGCCUGGGUCUGCCAAGCGGAGUGGAAAAAGCCCUGACUGCUAUGGAGCAGGGAGAGGAGUCCCUCUUCAUCAUUAAACCCAAGUAAUACCCACUACAAACCUAGUGUACAUACUAUGUUGUUGUUUUGAGAAAUGUGUAAUUGUGUGUUCUCUGGGUAUAUUGGCCGAGUUGUGUCUGCACUCUGUAUCACAGGAGGUUGGAGGCACCUUAUUUGGGGAGAACGGGCUCGUGUUAAUCAGUGGAAUGGUAUUAAAUACAUCAAACGCAUGGUUUCCAUGUGUUCGAUGCCAUUCCAUUUGCGCCGUUCCGGACACUAUUAUAAGCCGUUCUCCCGUCAGCAGCCUCCUGUGCUCUCUAUGUAUGGAUAUUUAAGUGUGUGUGUGUGUAGGUAUGGCUAUGGAAACACAGGCAGCAGCAAGUACAAUAUUCCUGGUGGAGCCACUCUGCAGUACAAACUCAAACUGACCACCUUCGAGAAGGUAUGACCCUUCUUAAUUUAGCCAAAUCAACUAGAUGGUCCUGUCCAGAAAGAUCCCUUAGGCAUUUUAUUCAUGGCAUUUCCACACAUUUUGCCUACUGAACGUGCCCUAGAGUCUGGUGUUCUGAGAGGUGAUAUGCUAGCUGGCUGACUGACUGAAGUAUUUCCUGUUCCCCAGGCCAAGGAAUCCUGGGAAAUGAACUCAGCAGAGAAACUGGAGCAGAGCAUCAUUGUCAAGGAGAAGGGAACACAGUACUUCAAGGUGUGUAUUAACAUUUCUUUGUGUGAAGGGAAGUAGCUUCAAGCAGCGAUGCUGUGUAAAACUGUAUGACGUGUGUUUGUGUGUAGGAGGGAAAGUAUCGCCAGGCGUCUGUCCAGUAUAAGAGGAUCGUGUCGUGGCUGGAGAAUGAAUCAAGUUUACCCGAGGGGGAGGAGCAGAAGGCUCAGGCCCUGCGGUUGGCUGCUCACCUCAACCUGGCCAUGUGCUUCCUCAAGCUACAGGAACCAAGCUCUGCUUUCGACAACUGUGACAAGGUACACUCAUUCAGGAGACGCACACCUGACUGUAUCUGAACAUAUCUGACUACCUGAAUAUUCCACACCACACUUAUUCACCUAUGGUUUCUGCUCUCUCUCGUUCAUGUGUGUAGGCCCUGGAGCUGGACGAGACCAAUGAAAAGGCUCUAUUCCGGAGGGGGGAGGCACUGUUUGCCAUGAAGGAGUUUGAAAGGGCGAGAGCGGACUUCCAGCGAGUCAUACAACUGUAUCCUAGCAACAAGGCCGCCAAGAGCCAGGUACUGUACUAGAAUGGUCUUUGUGUGCCUCAGUCUAAACUUCCCUCUCCUCAUCUGGAUGUCCCAUCUCUCCCUGCUGUCUGUCUGAUCUGGGUCUGUCUGCCCUUCCAGGUGGCUCUGUGCCAGAAGCAGAUUAAGGAGCAGCAUGAGAAGGACAAGAGGCUCUAUGCCAACAUGUUCCAGAAGUUUGCUGCGAGAGACGCUAAGGUGAGACAAACACCCCUUAGCCCCUACACACUUCCUCUAGCCCCUACACACUACACACUUUCCCUAGCUCCUACACACUUUCCCUAGGUCCUACACAUAACACACUUUUUUCCUAGCUCCUACACAUCACACAGUUCCCCUAGCCCAAAGGUGCGUGGUGAUGGAUUACUGAAGAGAACGCAGAACAAGGCUGUAGUUUUCUAAAUUAACCACCAUAAGGCAGACUAACCCACACUUAGCAUUCUAUAGACGGGUUGGUUGUUAAUCAACAAAACCGAUGGUAUACCGAAAAUGUUGUACUUGAACAUGAAAAACAGUUCGGUACUAGAAUUUGUGUUACUUUCGGUAAUUCUGUCAUGUCUCAUGGAUCAAGCCUGUCUAUCAGCGCAGUUGACCCGUUAUUAUAGCUUGCACCGUGCCUGCUCCAUUUACUCAUUUAUAAAUGAAGAUACUUCUAUGCAAAUGUUGUUGAUCAGCUCAAUAAAUUAAGUCCCAAAUGGAAGGAAAGCAGGUUGUUUCAUCUGUAGCCCUAUGAAAUCAGCCAAAACAAGCUAAAUAACUCAAUGCAUGUACACACUCCUAUUGAAUAUGCCUUCACCUGUAUUGUGGAUAGGCCUAGGCUACAUCUUGAUUUACCCAGUUUAUCAACAGAUUUACCAUUCAAAUAAAUUAUUACCGUUGUGUAAUUAAAUUGGUAAAAACCAGGUCAAAUUGAUUGUAUAAUUGAUUCAUUAAUGCAUUCUGAAAGUAUUCACACCCCUGACUUUUUCCACAUUUUAUGUUACAGCCUUAUUCUAAAUUGGAUACAAUUAUAUUUUUUUCCAUCGUCAUUCUACACACAACACCCCAUAAGGACAAAGUGAAAACAGGUUUUUAUACAUUUUUGCAAAUGUAUAAAAAAUAAGAAAAAAUAUACCUUAUUUACAUAUGUAUACAGACCCUUUGUUAUGAGACUUGAAAUUGAGCUCGGGUGCAUCCUGUUUCCAUUGACCAUCCUUGAGAUGUUUCUACAACUUAAUUGGAGUCCACCUGUGGUAAAUUCAAUUGAUUGGACAUGAUUUAGAAAAGCACACACCUGUCUAUAUAAGGUCCCACAGUUGACAGUGCAUGUCAGAGCAAAAACCAAGCCAUGAAGUCGAAGAACUUGUCCGUAGAGCACCGAGACAGGAUUGUGUCAAGGCACAGAUCUGGGGAAGGGUACCUGCAGCAUUGACGGUCCCCAAGAACACAUUUUACAUUUUAGUAAUUUAGCAGACGCUCUUAUCCAGAGCGACUUACAUGAGCAAUUAGGGUUAAGUGCCUUGCUCGAGCACAUCGACAGAUUUUUCACCUAGUCGGCUCGGGGAUUAGAACCAUUUACAUUUUUUACAUUUUAGUCAUUUAGCAGACGCUCUUAUCCAGAGCGACUUAGUUAGUGAACACAUUUUUUUUUUUUUAUACUGGCCCCCCAUGGGAAACGAACCCACAACCCUGGCGUUGCAAACGCCAUGCUCUAUCAACUGAGCUACAUCCCUGCCGGCCAUUCCCUCCCCUACCCUGGAUGACGCUGGGCCAAUUGUGCGCCGCCCCAUGGGUCUCCCGGUCGCGGCCGGCUGCGACAGAGCCUGGAUUCGAACCAGGAUCUCUAGUGGCACAGUUUGCACUGCGAUGCAGUGCCUUAGACCACUGCGGCACAAUGCUCUUAACCACUAAGCUACCUGCCGCCACAGUGGCCUCCAUCAUUCUUAAAUGGAAUAAGUUUAAACCACCAACACUCUUCCUAGAGCUGGCCGCCUGGCCAAACUGAGUUCCUCUGUGGAGAUGGGAGAACCUUCCAGAAGGACAACCAUCUCUGCAGCACUCCACCAAUCAGGCCUUCAUGGUAGAGCGGCCAGACGGAAGCCACUCCUCAGUAAAAGGCACAUGACAGCCCGCUUGGAGUUUGCCAAAAGGCACCUAAAGGUCUCUCAGACCAUGAGAAACAAGAUUCUCUGGUCUGAUUAAACUAAGAUUGAACUCUUUGACCAGAAUGCCAAGCGUCACGUCUGGAGGAAACCUGGCACCAUCCCUACGGUGAAGUAUGGUGGUAGAAGCAUCAUGCUGUGGGGAUGUUUUUCGGCGGCAGGGACUGGGAGACUAGUCAGGAUCCAGGGAAAGAUGAACGGAGCGAAGUACAGAGAGAUCCUUGAUGAAGCCUUGCUCCAGAGCACUCAGGACCUCAGACUGGGGCGAAGGUUCACCUUCCAACAGGAUAACGACCUAAGCACACAGCCAAGACAACGCAGGAGUGGUUUCGGGACAAGUCUCUGAAUGUCCUUGAGUGGCCCAGCCGGAGCCCGGACUUGAACCCGAUCUAACAUCUCUGGAGAGACCUGAAAAUAGCUGUGCAGCGAAGCGCCUCAUCCAACCUGACAGAGCUUGAGGAUCUGCAGAGAAGAAUGGGAGAAACUCUCCAAAUACAGGUGUGCCAAGCUUUUGUAGCGUCAUACCCAAGAAGAUUCGAGGCUGUAAUCGCUGCCAAAGGUACUUCAACAAAGUACUGAGUAAAGGGUCUGAAUACUUAUGUAAAUGUUUCAUUUUUUUAUUAAUUUUAAAAACCCUGUUUUUGUUUUGUCAUUUAAUGGGGUAUUGUGUGUUGAUUGAGGGGAAAAAUACAUUUAAUACAUUUUAGAUUAAGGCUGUAACGUAACAAAGUGGAAAAAGUCAAAGGGUCUGAAUACUUUCCGAAUGCACUGUACAUGGCUGUCUCUGAAACAUGUUGAUGUAAAAUAAAUGCACAUGUAAUAAUGAACUCAAAAGAUGCCCAAUGAUUGAAUAGCUGAGUUUAUCUGUCUGGAUCAAGUGCCAUUCUGUGGCUUUGGCUAAUAUGCCUUGUUUAUUGCCGUGGUAUCAUUUGGUUUUGAGUGUCAGGAUGGUAUUGAAUUCAAAAUUCUGGUACCGUGACAACACUAUGCGCAACUAUGGGGCAAAACAGACUGGGUUGGCUUAGACUGUUGACAACAUGUAAACCUAUAUUUAGUCCAAAUGUUUAUUGAAAACAUAAAUACAUUUGCAUUAUGAGCACUUGUCUCUCAAAUACAUUUUGUUAUUUUAGCCAUAUUAGCAUAGACAUGGCAUCAAUAACAAGCCUCCUCCGAUUCCUCACAUGGCAGCUUCUUGUCAUUGUUGCUAGCUAUCUGACCAUUCAGAAUCAUAACGAUGCCUGUUGUCAGCCAACCCGUCUAUAAAGCUACAGCGCCUCUGAACAUUGAACUAAACUGUAUUAAUAUCUCUCUUGCGCUCUCUCUGCUGUGAUUAUCAGGAGGAGGCUGACAAGGGGAUGGAGAAUGGAGGAGGGAUGGAGGUGGAGGAGAGUGGAGGACAGGAGUAAUGGCUGCUGGAGACAGAUGUGGUAGUCUGUCUGUCAUGAAGACUUUUAUAACUUCAGACGUUUGUGUUUAUAAAGAGAGAAAGUGUUUGUGUGUGAGAGAGAAGUGCAUGUGUGUCCAUGGCUCGUCUGUAUCUCCUGUGUGUCUGUGUGCUAUCAUCAUGGCAGCUAGCUUCUGUAGCUGACUGCACUCUGGAGGUGUGGCUAAAAGGAGUCCCCCUCCCCUCCCUCUGGUUAACAUGUAGCAGGCUGCCCCCUCCCUCCACGCCCCUGCUCAGACUUCUUUGCUUAAUGGAGUUGGAAGCCCAGUACAAGGUGUGUGUAUGUAUGUAAACAACCUACAUUCACCCAGUAAGGGCUUGUCCCCAAACCCCCUUCACUUCUCACCCCUUCCCCCUUCCAAGGCCAACUAAUCAAUUCCUGGGGACUGCUCCCUGUUUGUGUGCGACUGUGUCUGCAGACCGUAGCAGCACCCUCUCUAGCAGCAUUCAUGCUCACUAAACGGUUGCUCUCUGCUUCUCAAACACUGUUAGCCUGGGUUUAUGAUUUCUGUCUUUACUGUUCUUAAUGGGAUGAUGAUUUACUUCACAACUGGAAAGUGUGUGUAGCAGCUGAUAUGAACUAGCAGCUUCUCCUGGUCAAACUCAACCAGUAUAAAGCUCCGUCAGAUUACAUAUAUAUAUAUAUAUAUAUAGUCUUACUGUAGUCUAUGGCUGCAUCCCAAAUUACACUAUGCCCUACUUUUUGACCAGUGCCCUGUGUCUAACCUAAGGAGGCUGCUAUAAAGUAGUGCACUAUAUAGAUAAUCGGUGUCAUUUGAGAUGCAGACUUACAUACAGCAUCCCUAUCUAGCAGACCUGGCUCUAGAAUCAUACCUGAUUCAGCUAAUCACAGUCCUGUGGAGCAGUUGGUUUGUAGAAUCAGGUGUGUUGGAACAGGGCGGCGCAGCUAGGGAGUGAGAUCGUCAGUGGGUGGGGUUUGGGGUGUCAAAUGUGUGUUGGUGGGGGGGUCUGUCUGAUUGGAGCAUUAUGGUUGGUUCUCCGACUGAAGGAUCUAAUAAACAGAAAUGAC